CUAAGUGUGAAUGUGAGAGUGAAUGGGUGUGUGAUUGUGGCCCUGCGACAGACUGGCGACCUGUCCAGGAUGACCCCUGCCUUCGCCCACAAGGUGCCGGGAACAGAGUUUCUGUUCGGGACCAUCCUAAGUAAAAAUGAAGUAGUUCAAGUCUCAGAACAACAGAAGCAGCUGGUCUGUGAAUUCACGAACAAAUGAUGGAAAAACAGCCACAAAUUCAUCACUGACACCAUUUUUGCUGAUUUUCAACUUUAUUAUAAAAACAUAGUUUUUGGUUUUCACAGUUUUCCUUUGCUUUCUUUUUUAUAAACAUGUUAUUCAUGGCUAAACUUCAUAUUCACAAAAGUGUCUUUGCUAAUAAGAAACACGAAUUCUUUCUACUGAAACUGGAACUGCAGCAAUAUUUAAGAUUAAUUUCUGCUUCAAAAAAUACAAAAGCUCCAAAAACGAUUAACGUCUGUAAAUCUUUUGGAUUAAUGACACGACUUAAGUCUCGCAUCAUCUUUUUUUUCCCCUUUUGUUUCGUUUUUUUUAUUUUCUAUUUUUUAUUUCCUUCUGUGAUUGCUUUAUUUGGUUAUUAUUGAACACCAGUUUGUUUAAAAAAAUGAUGAUAGUUAUAUUUCUGUUCUUAAUAGUUAACAUUCUCAGAAGCUCAAAACAAUUUUAUUCUAUUCAGAACUGUGUUUUGUUCAAAAUCUCGUCUUUUUUUAUUGUAUUCUGCAAAUGUUCAAUAAAAAAACCAAACAGAAGAAGCUGCGUCACGGAGGUCUUCCUGUUUGGAGAUGCAUCAUCAGUCAUGUGGGAGGAACGGUUGAUGACUUUUUCUUGUUUUGCUUUUGCACAUUUCAGAAAACUCACCUUCCACGUUUUUCAAGACUCCUCUGAAAGGUUUCCCUCAGUCUGGUUGUUCCUGUCUGGUCUGGUGACGUUUAGCCUCCACUUUUGAGGCUUUCGCUUUAAGACGAGUAGAGCCGCUGGGCGUCAGCCUCCAGGAGACCAGCAGCCAAAAACUCUCGUUUCACAGGAAACGGAAAGUUAUUUUUCAGCUUAUGUGGAGGAGCAUGGCUUGCAGCUCGGACCUGCUGGACUGCUCCAUCUGCCUGCAGCUGCUGGAGGAACCGGUGACCACCAUCUGUGGACACAGCUUCUGUCGACAGUGCAUCGAACGGUUCUGGAGCUCCAAGGCUGAAGGAUCGAGCAGCUGCCCUCAGUGCAGGAGGACUUUCCGCUCCAGGCCUGCUCUGCAGAAGAACAUAGUCCUGGUGGGCUUAGUGGAAGACUACAGGAGGAGAACUGCUGCUGCUGAUGAAGAUGAUGACGGCUACGCCGGACCUGGAGAGGUCCAGUGUGACAUCUGCAAGGGCAGGAGGAAGAAAGCGGACAUGUACUGCCUCGUUUGCUUGGCUUUUUACUGCCAGACUCACCUGCAGCCUCAUUUGGACGUGGCGCCGCUGAAGAAGCACAGCUUGGUCCAGGCUUCCACGAAGGUCAAAGAGCACAUCUGCAGACGCCACGACAGACGUUUGGAGAUGUUCUGUCGCUCCGACCAGCAGCUUCUGUGUCCGCUGUGUGUUUUAACACACAAGGCUCAUGACAUUGUGGAGAUCAAAGAGGAAAUGGUGGCAAAGCAGAGACAGGUGAGAAGGAGCCAACAGGAAACAGAGAACAGACUGACGGAGUCAGUGGGUGAAAUGAAAGAGUUGAAAAAGGCUGCAGACUCCAUCAGUGAUGCUGCCUGGGAGGCGUGUGACGACUUUGAGCGACAAUGCGGCGAGCACAUCCGGUGGUACUCGCAUUAUCUGGAUGAGAAGUGCACGGAGAUGAGAGAGAAGGUUGGACAGCUGGAGAAAGCCGGUCUGGACCGGACUCGGAGUCGCCGGGGGCAGCUGGAACGGGCCGUGAACAGGUUGAAGGGGUUGCAGCAUGAGCUGUCCCAGCUCUCUCAAACGGAUGAUCCAGUUCAGUUUUUUCAGGGGUUUCAGGCUCUCUCGGACCUCCUGGAGUUCAAAGGUUCUGAAGAAAAGCCCGAUUCUUCCCAAGAGUUGGUUUCUGAAUGCAAGGAGAAGCUAAAGAUCAUGUGCACCAAAGAAAAAGCUCUUUUAUUUCAUCAAUCCGCCCAAAAGGAGUUUUUAAGGAUUCCCAGGAACCAGAACUGGAAAGUCUCCAGAAAAGACAUCUGUGCCUGGUCCAAGUAUGCUGACUUGGAGCUGGAUUUGAACACAGCUCCUGCUUGUCUUUCCAUAUCAAAAACAAAGAAAAGUGUUUUCUGGGGGGACGACAACCAGGUCGACUCUGAUCACCCAGACAGAUUCACCUACUUUUACCAGGUUCUGUGCCAAAGAGGCCUCAGAGAAACCUCUUACUGGGAGGUGUCAUGGGAUGGUGGCAUCGUGGAGGUGGCUGUGUCGUACAUUGGGAUACAGAGAAAGGGCUCGGGGGGUCUCUGCUGUUUCGGUCACAAUAAAUUAUCCUGGAAGUUAACGUGCUCUCAUUCUGGCUGCACGUUCUGGCACAAUAAACUGCACAGAAGUGGGAUUCCUCCGGCUGCCUGCAACAGAGUGGGCGUCCACCUGGAGUAUGAGGAAGGCAGGCUGACCUUUUACAGCAUUUUAGACCCUGAAACGAUGGUGCUGCUGCACCAGACCCAGACCGUCUUCACGGAGCCCGUCUAUCCCGCUUUCUCUGUUGAUUUGGGUGCAAAACUGAAGAUCUGCAACCUGAAGGCUUCUUCAAAACCCUGAAACCUGCGGCCAGGACGAUGCGAGCACCGAAAAAGAAAAGAUUUAAAUCGAGAUCAGCAUCAGGUUUACUAAACACACUCUGUCCUGGUUGACAAACAAAAAAAAAA